UUCGUUUAAAGACUUUCAUAAGGAUACACUAAAAAUAUGGAGAACGGCGUCGCACUAUUUUGGUGACGCUACUGGUAACUACACAAACCGGACUUUCGUAAUAAAUUACACAAUAUGGAGAACGGAGUCAUACUACCUUUGGCGAUGCUACUGCUUAUUACAGAGACCGCAUUGACCGGUGCUUAUUACCAGAAUGAUGUCACAGUGCAGCCAGGACCAGUCGAAGUGAAGCAAGGACAGAACGUCACGCUGUGGUGUAAACUGAAAUACGACCGUGAUAAAAUAGUGCCAGUAAACUGGCAAACCCCGCCAAAAUUCAAAACAAGAACCGACGAUUGUUCUUCUUUUGCAAAGGAUAAAUAUGUCAUGUCAUGUUCAGUCACUGAGGACCCUUUUAGGUAUUAUAAUAUGACAAUAAUGGAUGUCCAAUGGGCCGAUAAUGGGGAAUAUCGGUGUCUGUAUACCGAACAUAUGGACAUUGUGGAUUUACAAGUUUUGGUUCCGGUAACAGAUGUGACACAAGAAAAAGUCGUCAAAAGCUCUGCUGCACAGCCCCAGCGCUUGCAGAAUCACUUCACCUGCACAACAAACUGUGCACUUCCAGCACCCAAGAUUUCAUGGCUUGUAAAUGGCCAACCCUUUAAUGGCAAAACAACGGUCAGUGGGUUUGGCUGCUCAGGGGCCAAGAAGGGCCAGAAACAGACUACGAGCACAGUGUUAGUAAUGAGCACAGACAUGGAUAAGGAGAGGAAAGAAUAUAACAUUACGUGUACAGCAGAAAACGUUGUUGGAGAGCCAAAUGUUUCAAAGGCAAUAUCUGUCAAUAAUGAUGUAUCCCAGCCAGUAACUCCCAGUCCACCUCAGUCCAUUACGGCUAAAGCUUUUUGGCCAAUAGUGGCAACGGCACUAUUUCUAUUGCUUGUCACAGCAAUCAGUAUCUUCAUUGCCGUGCGCGAAAGACAUCGUCGACAGGUUUUUAAAGGUAGGAAUUCUUCAGAAAGUGCGAAUACAUCACCCGACAAAAUGCAACCUUUGAUUGCGACGCCUUCAAAUAAAGAAAAGUUUCGGCCGAUUGAUCCAAUGUCAAGAGAAUUACAGUCCAUGACUUCGAAAGAUUCCGCUUUGUCCGGGAUGUAGGCACCCUGGCGAAACCGCACCGCAAGAAUAAAGAAGAUGCAGUUUACCAUUUUUAAUAUUUACAAGCGUAAAGAAUGUAUGUUCCGAUCACUCUCAGCACCAAUAACUACUCGCUAACCGUAUCCUUCAGGUACCUACACUCCAUGAUCAACCAUAUUGGCAGUGUACACAAUAUCACCAAUCUUGAAUCUUGUCAGCUGCUGUAUUACUCCUGAUAUCACGAUAAUCUUUCAUCUUCUCCGUGAUACAUAUCAUAGCAGUCUUUCAGCACUUCAUCUUACGUUUUCUCCAAUGUCUCUUGGUUAUGUAGCGUAUAUCUUCUUUUUCUUCUGAAAACUAGAGCACUUUUGAUCAAUGUAGUGUGGUGUAUUCAUGUUAUCAAGUGGGAGUUAUGGUGACUUUCCAGUGUGUCAUGUAUAUAUUGUAUUCAUACACGUAUAUUUGUUUGUUUAUUGUUAAUUGUAUCAUACAUUGGAAUACAAAGGCACAGACGGCUUCAAACAAUUAUUUCUGUUUUAAUUUUGGUAAACUUGAUAUGUAUCUAGACAUUCCAUUAUUGAGAAGCCGGCCAAUAGACCGAUGUAACUCUGACAAAUGUAAUGAAUAGAAUAACAGUAUUUUUAGUGCCAAUAUCAAAAAGUGAUCAAUAGCAUAAUAUAAAACCCUUUUGGUAUACUAUAGUCCACUACAUGUAGCAACCAAAGAGGAAAUCGUUCAUCUGUCUUCUGUGAUACACAUAAUUGUUUCUUCUGUGAUACAUAUCAUAGCGUUUAUUUUCUGCACUUGGUGAUUUCUAACUUCACUCUCAUCGGAUAUGGUAGUCAACUUGUUUGAAAGAGAAACAAGACCACGUUUGACCAAUGAAGUUGGUGAAGUUAUUUUAAUAAAUGGAAGCAGAGUCUUUCAAAAGACUCUGGUGGCAGUUAUCACUGUGAUUUGCAUCUUUUCCCCAUAUAUUGUAUUCAUACACGCACUAUGUACAUGUAUACAUGUAUGUAAAAUAUAUAAUUUUGUAUUAUUCAUUUUGUAUAUUUCCCAUUGUAAUAUGCCAGUAGCUGAAUUAUAGGAAGGUGUUCUAGGCCUUAUAUGGCCCUAUUUUCAUAAACGAAGGUCGCUGGGGAGGAGUUUGUGUUUUUGAUUAUCCCCCACCCCCGGGAGUUUGGUGAGUUUUGGACAUAUUAGUACCAUAUGACAAGUUAUUACGUCGCUUUUCAGGGAAAUAUAAAGUCAACCCUUGACAACUCUGUAGUAAUGUAUUACCCAGCACUUGAUGAUGCAUGUACUUCCCCAUUAUAGUUUCAUUAUAGUUUCAUAUUGUUUCAACAACUAUGUUAAAACAAAUGUGGCGUUAAACGACACUUUGGUUGGCUGACCAGACAUUUCUGCACGUUUCUGAACGGACGUCAUCUGUCAUAAUAAUCUAAUUUGUGUAAAUAUGCAAUCCAUUUUGCUUCUUAGCGUGAAUUAUGAUGCAUUUUCAAUUGAACUUGUAUUUAUAUUGUGAGCAUUUUUAUUGUCGAGACCAGUACAGUUCUGCAACUGAUUGAUUAAAAUAUCUGAAAAAUUAUACUUAUUUGCCAAUAAAAACCUAUCAGGUGGAAAUGCAAGAAAACAAACGCCUUUGCUGGUCUUUAGUUCGUAAUUAGGCAAGCUACACUUGGUGUUGAAAUUCCACUCACUUCGUAACCAUCAUUCAAAAAGGCUCUGUUUUCGCUCUUUUCGACAUAGUCGUACAUGUCUAAUCAGUGCCCUUAAAUAAAGUAAACUGUAAUGUUGUGACCUUAAGUGUUGAUGUGGAAAUGCACAGAGGGGGUUGGAUUUUGUGGGCAAAUGUAAUACUAAAAAUUCGUAUCAACCGAGGAGUGAUUCAACUCAAAAUUUUGCUAACACGUCCUAUAUCGACAAACUCAUUUGUGGUAUUAUGUGUCAUGCUGUAAUAAUAUUUCUUAGCCAGUUCUAUGCAUUUUAAUAUUUGUAAAUUAUACCCUAAAAGCGCCUGAUCUCAAGAUGAACACUUUAAAUCGGAAUAUCCAAUUCCUCCCCACAUGUGCACGGUUAUCAGAUUGUAAAGCCCGUUACACGAGGGACUUCUCACCAACUUAGUUGGAAUUUUAAUUCAUAACAGGAAUCCAGACCAGGUAACUGAUAUUUUGCCUGAUUAGUUGUAGUUGCUGGCUGCACUACCGACUUGUUCUAUUUCUCGACGACAUCUUUGUGUAUAUAAGGAUUUUUUUGUUGAAAUAAGGAGUGUGGGGAGAAAUUUCCCCGUGUGAUUCAGUCAACAACAUAGUUGGGCCAUAGUUUGACUCUUUAUCUUUAUAGGCGCCAUAGCCGCCAAGGCUGUACCUUCUCAUAAUCCACGAUUCUGCCCAAAACCUCCUAUUAUCCCAUCGAUUUCUCCUUUUCCUCUUUUCACUGAUACUUUUUACAAUAAUAAUAGAUAAAAUCUUCUUUUUCUUCCUCUCAUUGUACACAACAAAAUCAUUGGCAGCCAUGUUUCUAGAUCUAAGAUUCCCCCGCCAGAAAUAAUAGAUAUCUGCACUCAGCCUUGACCAAGGUUUUGGCCUAAAUAUAGUGCAGGACCUUAAUAUUGCUGGGAUUAUGUCUUUCGUGUGAGUGGGUGAACGACUCUCAACUUCCAGUCACCUGUGCAUCUGUUCUUAAUUUUAAAGCCAACUAAGUUGGAGAGAAAUCCCUCGUGUGUAGCGGGCUUAAGACAACGAAGUUAAUUAUUAAAGCGAGGGAAAGUUUGAUGGGAGUCAUGGAUGGGGUGGAUCUAUCUUGGAGAUAAAAGCGGUAUAGUUGAAUUUUCGGGAGAUUAUUUAGGUCCUUUACGUGCUUAUGAUUAGAUAUUUGGGUAUGACAUGGUUUUUAGUACCUAUAUAGUUGCAUGACAUUUGGAAUAUAUCAGUAUCAUUUUUGAUUUACAUAAACUCUACCGCUAGCCCCUUUGUUGUAAUGCGGCGAUUGCUUCAUCUCAUACUUGACCAACCUUAUUACCAUGAUAUUUAUAUUGGAAUAAAUUAGUCCGUGGGAUGGGCUGGAGCAAUGAGAAUGCCAAGUCGUGCUAGCAUGACUUACCAUGGGAGGAAGCCCGAUCCUCAAAUAAAGUCACCUAGAGACUAAGCAUGAGAUGUAUCUUAUUCCUCCCCUUGAAAAUCCCUCUUUUUUGCUUGUAGCCUUUUUACGCUUUUUCGCGAGUGCGCUUUGCGAAAGGUUGUUUAUGCAGUAAUUAUGAAAGGGUCAACUUAACAACGUUGUCUGGUGUUUUGGGCGGAGUUAUGAUGCUGUAGAUAUGCGUGAUGUAAAUAAUUACUGUUAACAACUUGGUUCUACAUCAUUGUUUGAGCUCAGUGUUUAGUAAUAAACUUAUUAAUAUAUGA